AUGAAAUCCUUUAUAUGGAUCGGAUUCUUUUGUCUGAUUUGUAGAUCAGAACAGAAAUCUACACCGCUAGAUAGCAGCUAUAUUGCAGCGGUUGUCGAGUACGAGACGAACAGGGACACAGAUGUUAAUGUCCAGAAUUACGUCAAUUUAAUUAAGGAUGCUGCAAAUCAGAAUGCAGAUAUAAUAGUUUUUCCGGAAAUGACAUUAAACCGCUUACGAAGCAGAAGUAUACCAGUUCCUAUUUACGGUCUCCUGAAGACGUAUCCAGUGCCCGCUCUUCAAAAGGAUUUGUAUAAUGACAUCCUUGUAGCCAUAUCAGCAGCAGCUCGCGAGAACAUGAUCUACGUAGUGAUAAACAUCCAGGAAGUAAUGAACUGUGAAGAUGCUCCCGGGGAAGAGUGUCCCGAAAAAAAGACGUAUUAUUUUAACACAAAUGUCGUGUUCGAUAGAGAAGGUGCUGUUAUCGACAGGUACCGCAAAAUUAACCUAUUUGGAGAGAUUUCUCGUACUCCAGCGCUGAAGCCGGAACUCGGGAUCUUCGAUACUGAUUUUGGCGUCAGGUUCGGCCACUUCAUCUGUUUCGAUCUGAUGUUCCAAGUGCCAGCUGUGCAGACUCCUCAGAAAUAUAAUGUGACCGAUGUUAUAUUCCCCACUAUGUGGUUUUCCGAGAUGCCUUAUUUAACAGCGGUUCAAAUACAACAGGCUUACGCAUAUCAAUUGGAUGUUAACUUCUUAACUGCUGGAGCGAACAAUGUACGAGUGGGCAGUGCAGGUUCUGGAAUAUAUUCAGGAAAAGCUGGUGCACUGAUAAGCAUAAUGCCGGGCGUUCCCACAACUCGCCUUCUCGUUGCCAGAGUUCCAAAAGUUCCAGGAGAGGUAACAGAGCCAUCUACCGGACCAAUCUAUGACGACCCUGCUGAGCGCGAUAACCUUCUUUUGAAGAGCGAUCCAUCAAUAUCUGCGCACACCAGUCGCUUGCUGGUUCCAGGCUAUCAAGAAUUCAUUCUCACGAGUGGAGAUACGGUCUGCAACUUCAGAAUUAACAUGACACAAACGGACAAUACGUUGUAUAAAUAUCGAGCUGCUGCGCUGAACGGAGUACGAACAUUCGACGGUGUAGCAUCCGGAGGAACUAAGAUCUGUAGUGUGUUCACGUGUACUGGAGAUACCAUAGACACGUGUGCUAAGAGGUUUGAAAAAUACACACCAAACUCCUUCGCAAAGUUUGAAGAGCUCAACAUUAACGCGUUCUUGACAACACCACGUCGUAACGAAGACCUACAAGUAGAUAACAUAGCCUAUUACCCAGUGUCGCUGCAACCGACUAUCUUACCCCUGGAGGCCAAAGAUUAUUCUCUGAACAUAACUUCUCUUUUCGGUGUUGUAGAUAUUUACAAUUACCAAUUGAUCAAUACUAACGCUGAGUUAUACUCCUUUGGUAUUUUUGGUAGAGUUUUUGGAAGAGAUGGAGAAGAACCUACUCCGCCGUGGGUUGACCCUGAACUUGAAACCACAAGUACUCCAUCCCCUGGUACUCAGCCAACAGAUGCACCAGGAUCUGCAGCAGUAUUUCAUUUAACUAUUUCUACGAUAAUUCUGCUUGUAUUUACUCUUGCUGUAUUGUCAUAG